AUGGGUAUUAAGAAAUUGACAGAUCUUAUUGAAGAUAAUGCGCCAACUUCAAUUAAAACCAAUUUAUUAAAGAAUUAUUUUGGAAGAAUUAUAGCAAUUGAUGCAUCAACUAGUUUAUAUCAAUUUCUUAUUGCUAUGAAUGCAGAUGUUUCAUCAGCACUUACAAAUCAAUUGGGUGAAACUACAAGUCAUUUACAGGGUAUGUUUUACCGUACAAUUAAAUUAAUUUCAAAAGGUAUAAAACCAAUUUAUGUAUUUGAUGGUAAACCACCAACAUUGAAAAGUGGUGAAUUGGCAAAAAGACAAGCAAAAAGAAAAGAAGCUACAGAUAGUUUAAAAGAAGCAACAGAAGUUGGUACCUCUGAAGAUGUUCAAAAGUUUGCAAAGCGUACUAUCUCAGUUAGUAGAAAACAAAAUGAAGAGUGUAUUAAAUUAUUAACAUUGAUGGGUGUUCCAGUCGUCAAAGCACCAUGUGAAGCUGAAGCUCAAUGUGCAGAAAUUGUAAAGAGUGGUAAAGCAUGGGCCACUGGUUCAGAAGAUAUGGAUUCUUUAACUUUAGGUAGUACAGUUUUAUUAAGACGUCUCUUUUUCUCUGAAGCAAAGAAAAUGCCAAUUCUUGAAUUCGAAUUACCAUCAGUUUUAGAAGGUUUAGGUUUAACAUAUGAAGAGUUUAUCGACCUAGGUAUUCUUUUAGGUUGUGAUUAUUGUGACAGUAUUAAGGGUAUUGGUCCAAAGAGAGCAUUCGAAUUAAUUCAAAAGCAUAAAACUCUUGAAGAAAUUAUUAAACAUUUAGAUAAAUCAAAAUACCCAAUCCCAGAAUUUUUCCCAUAUCAAGAGGUUAGAGAACUAUUUAAACAUCCAGAUGUCAUACCCGGCGAUCAACUUCCAGCUUUUCAAUGGAAAGAUCCAGAUGUUGAGGGCCUCAAUGAGUUCCUUGUUAAAGAAAUGGGCUUCUCAGAUGUUAGAGUUGCUCAAGGUAUUGAAAAAUUAAAGAAGUUUAAAAAUACUAGUGUUCAAUCAAGAAUGGAUUCAUUUAUUACAAUUGUCAAAAAACCAACAGACGAUAAAAAACCAAACAGCAAAAAAGUUACAAAAACUCCAUCAAAACCAGGUGCUAAAUCAAAUAAAAAAGCACCAGCCAAAAGAAGAUAA